UAAAGCAUGUUUGGGCAAUCUAGUGCUCCAGCAUUUGGAACUGCUCAGACAACAGGAUUUGGAACGACUGGACAACAGCAACAAUCUGGAGGUUUAUUCGGUGCUCAACCAGCACAACCAAAAACAGGAUUGUUUGGUGCUGCACCUACUACUACUGCAGGCAAUGCGUUUGGUGGAUUUGGAACCACUGCACCUGCAUUUACAAUGGGCUCAUCUUUAUUCGGAACUGCCGCACCUGCAACAUCUGCUCCCGGUACAUCCUUAUUUGGAGCUCCGGCUACAACAACUAUUGGUGCAAGUAAUGUACUUGGCAAUGCUGCUGGCAGUGGUGGGAUGUUUGCCCAGCCACAACCUGCUGCAUUCGGAGGUGGAUCUGGUCUCUUUGGACAACAGUCGACUACAUCUGGAUUAUUCGGUCAACAGCAAAAACAGCUAGUGCAAACUCAACAGCAGCAACAACAACAGCAAAUUGUUGAAGCGAUCAUGAGAAUGGAGGCAUACUGGAAUCCUCAGAGUCCCCUAUGCAAUUUUAAGUUUUAUUUUUACAAUAUGGUUCACGCCAGCGAAGCCCAUUUAUACCAACCUCCUCCUCAAGAAAUGGGCACAUACCAACAAGCACAAAUGAACAAUCCUGAUCCUUCAUGCAUGGUUCCUGUACUAGCUGUUGGAUUUGGAGAUCUUAAAAAAAGAAUGGAGGUUCAAGAACAGCAGCAAGCCGUGCAUAAAGAAAAGCUAGAGAUGAUUGCGACCAGAGUGGAUGCUCUCAAGACAAAACACUUUGUUGAUACUUUGGUCAAACUGGAUGAAUUUAGACGUCGUCAAAGACAGAUGGUUCACAAGACUUACAUGCUUUUAAAAACAGUCCAGAUUUUACGCAAUCGUGGAUAUUCUAUUCGUGUUGAUGAGGAAGCUCUACGGUCACGGUUUGAAUCAAUGGAGCGUGAUCUUCAAAAGCCAUCCAUUUUCCGAGGUAGACUAAAUGAGAUUUGGGCUCAGCUGCAACAGUUAAAAGACUCGAAGCGUAUGAGUGAUGAUGCUACGUUUUCUAUUGUUGACGAGGACUCGCUUGCACCAGUGCUCGAGGCUCUUUCGGAGAUGCAGAAUGGACUAAGUCACUUUACUAAACUUAUUCAGAACGAUCAGAAUAGUUUGGAGGUUAUGGCCCAAGCUUACAGCGAGACACCGUAUACACGAUAGUUUAUGA